GGAUGUGUGCCUGAUUGCCAAUGAGACCGCUUUUCAUCUUCACUGUACCUUUUGGGUUAGCGCAAGCAGUACACGAUGAUCUCCCUACGCUACGAUGCAUGCAUUGACGUCUUAAAGAGAGGAGCUGACAGAGAUGGAAAGAAAAGAGGACGUUUGCUGCUCCGUGGGGAGUGUCUUCUUGCCUUGGCUUGUUCAUUAGUUCACAAGGACCCACUUUUUUCUAGCAGAGAGCCCACCUGCGAUGGUCGCACAAGAUACAAUGUCACAACAACAAAAAAGUGGGUCACCUUCCUACAUACUCUCUUCACUGCCUACACUGCGUAUUCGCCUAUUCACCAUCAUUGGCACAAGGGCAUAAAUAAACAUAAUAAUACAGCAGUAGUGAGUCCAUGGAUUAUGAACUUCGGUGCGGAGUGUAUCUGUGAGAACAAUCGCCCUCUCCACUCCCCUCCCUCCCACCAAGAGCCAUUCAUUUACUUUUCGACUGAUUCAAUCAUUCAUCCGCCUCGGAGGAUUCAUUCCCCUUUGGUCAUCUCGCUCCCCUCUUCCUCCUUUGAUCACAGCCUGCUUAACCUGACGCCACUUUCCUCUCCAUCUCGGGAUUCUACCCUUGUGCUAUUUCUCCUUUCUCUCCAUCGCACUUCCUCAUUCCUUUGGAUCAACUACUCUCUUCUCUAGAUUCUCGUCAGAUCCUUUUUUUCUUCUUUUUUCUUGUUCGCCCCUCCGCACCUUGGCCACUUUUCAGUAUCUUCUCUCCACCUCCAAUUGAUCCACUUCAGGAAGCCAACUAGAUCAUCUUCCGCCCCCCGGCUCCUUGUCUC